GCAAUGCUCCUCUCAAUAGUCGUAUUCUGCGCAUAUGUUUAUCGUAUCGGCCUUCACCUUCAGCUGGUAUCUGUUACUGGUAGGAAAGCCAUUUCAGUCAAAAUACAGCCGAAUUAUACUAAUACUAUAUACAGUAAACCAACCGUUUUAGAUCGUGUAUAAGCUGUUGCUUGUACCUCAAGACCUUUAUUCUUUCCAGCAAGUAAGUGUAAUCGAAGAGAACAUGACUGAUCCAAUUCCAAGCUCGCCGACGAAGCGGGCACGGCAAGACCCUCUCCCCGACUCUAGCCCGGUGGAUGAAGUCGGCGAAUUGACAUCGCCCAGCAGACAAAUGCUUGCACAACCAAGCCCUUUACACUUGCAAAGACGCCAAACAUUGUCAUAUGAUACGGUAGAUACGGUAGGCCAGUUUGCAUCAAGAGGAGAGGGCUUUAAUAUGGUGGGAGAAGGAAAAUGUAUUGCAGUAUUCACAAGUGGAGGUGAUUCACAAGGUAUGAAUGCAGCUGUGAGAUCAGUUGUACGAAUGGGAAUCUAUGUAGGCUUCAAAGUUUAUGCAAUACAUGAGGGUUACCAAGGGAUGUGUGAUGGAGGUGAUCACAUCAAGGAGCUUUCAUGGUCUGAUGUUUCUAACAUCAUCCAGCUGGGUGGUACCGUGAUUGGAAGCGCUCGCUGCAAGGAUUUCCGUGAGAGAGAGGGAAGAAAGAGAGCUGCUAUGAACCUCAUCAAGAAAGGUAUCAAUAAUCUAGUGGUGAUUGGAGGAGAUGGAAGCUUGACUGGUGCUAACAUCUUCAGACAAGAAUGGGGAAAUUUUGUGGCAGAACUUUCAAAAGAAGGCAAGAUUACUGCUGAAGAGGCUAAAGUAUGUGAAUACCUCAAUAUUGUAGGAAUGGUUGGUUCUAUUGACAAUGAUUUCUGUGGUACUGACAUGACCAUAGGUACAGACACUGCAUUGCAUCGUAUUCUAGAGGCAGUAGAUGCUAUCAGUACUACAGCAUCAAGCCAUCAGCGUUGUUUUGUACUGGAGGUUAUGGGUCGUCACUGUGGUUACCUAGCCUUGGUUGCAGGCUUAGCAUCAGCUGCUGAUUGGAUCUUCAUUCCUGAGAUGCCACCAGAUGCAGAAUGGGAAGAUAAGAUCUGUAACAAACUUACACAGACUAGAAAGUUCGGUAAACGUCUAAACAUUAUCAUCGUAGCUGAAGGUGCUCUUACCCAAGAUGGAGAUCCUAUCACAGCCAAUAUCAUCAAGGAUUUAACUGUGAAACGUCUAGGUUUUGAUACCAGAGUGACUGUUCUAGGUCAUGUCCAGCGAGGUGGUAACCCAUCUGCCUUUGAUAGGAUUCUGGGAUGUAGGAUGGGUGCUGAAGCAGUUCUAUCCCUCGUAGACACCAAACCUGAUAUGCCAGCCUAUGUCGUAUCUCUGGAUGGUAAUAAGGCUAUACGGGUUCCUCUCAUGGACUGUGUCAGGAAGACCCAAGCAGUUGGUGAAGCACUGAAAGGGAAAGAUUUCAAGAAAGCCUGCUCACUCAGAGGAAGGAGUUUCCUGAGCAACCUUAGUAUAUACCUGACUCUGUCCAGAGUGAAGCCAAAGGAAGAAGUGUGCAGCUUGGAUGGUAGACAUUGCGCUAGUAACUACAAUAUGGCUGUUAUGAAUGUUGGAGCACCAGCAGCUGGCAUGAAUGCAGCUGUGAGGGCGUUUAUCAGAACCUCUCUCUUUCAUGGAUACAGGGUUUAUCGUAUCAAUGAUGGAUUCGAAGGUCUUAUUGCUGAUCAGGUUCAGUUAUCAGGUUGGAUGGAUGUUAGUGAUUGGGUUCGACAAGGAGGUUCUAUACUAGGAACUAAUAGGACAACUCCAAAGAAGAACAUGGCUGUUGUUGCAGAGAAGAUCAAGAAGUAUAAUAUUAAUGCUCUUCUGUUGGUUGGUGGCUUUGAGGCUUACAACAGUGCUAUCCAGUUAUUAGCUGCUCGGAAGGAAUAUCCAGAGCUAUGCAUCCCUGUGGUUGUGAUACCAGCAACGGUCAGUAACAACGUACCAGGGACGGACUUCAGUCUUGGAUGUGAUACUGCCCUCAAUGCCAUCGCUGAUAUUUGCGAUCGUAUCAAGCAAUCUGCCAGUGGCUCAAAGAGGCGUGUCUUCAUCGUAGAGACCAUGGGUGGUUACUGUGGUUACCUAGCAACCAUGAGCGGCUUAGCAGGAGGAGCUGAUGCAGCUUACAUAUAUGAAGAACCUUUCUCUAUAAAGGAUCUGGAGCUUGAUGUAACUCACUUGGCAGCCAAGAUAGCUGAUGGUGUUCAGAGAGGACUUAUUCUCAGGAAUGAGAAUGCAAGCAGUAAUUUCACCACCGAGUUCCUCCAGCGUUUAUACUCUGAGGAAGGCAAGCAUCUCUUUACUACAAGGAUGAAUGUACUCGGUCACAUGCAACAGGGUGGUAGUCCAACAGUGUUUGAUCGUAAUAUGAGUACAAAGCUUGGUGUUAAAGCAUCAAACUUCCUUCAAGAAAAGAUCAAGGAAUGCUCCAAAGAUGGCAAGGUGUUCACAGAUUGUGAUAGUACAGUAUGUCUAUUAGGCAUCUCACAGCGAGUGGUUGGGUUCACACCAGUCAAGGAAUUGGAGAAAUACACAGAUUUUGAGCAUCGGAUCCCCAAAAAUCAAUGGUGGAUGAAAUUGCGCCCUCUUCUGAGGAUUCUUGCCAAGCAUGUAGAGAUCUAUGAAUCUGAGACAGAGGGUGUGGAAAAACCAGUAGACUAGAAUCAUCUGCUAUGUCAGAUAAGCUCCAACUCACCACAUUACUUGUUCAAUGUGUUCCAUGCCAAGCCACUGUUGUGCUAUCUUGAUAAUCAACAUAUUCUUGAAAUUUCUUCCUGCGAAUCAUCAAUUAAACCUUAGAAUCAUAAUGGAGAUAGAUAAGUGGCAUACUCUGUGUGUUUGAUUUCUUCAUGUUUGAAGACCUGCCAAUCCCUUGAAUUUCAAAACAUGUAUUCUUAUUAGCUUACCAUUGUAUUUACUGGGGGAAAAUAAGAGAAAGCACAUGCAUGUGGAAUUUGGGAGGGGUUGAGUCACCUUAUGAGGAAAUAGUGGUGCCUAUACAUCCUAGUGUUUUAAGUUCAUAGAAAACAAGUAUACAGUAAAUACAACAAGAUCAUACUGGCUGGCUGGUCUGCAAACUGCAUAAUUCCAUGAAAGACGAUUUUUGGGCCCUUUAACACAAAAGCAUACAGAGUAUACAAUUGUUUGCAAUAGUCUAUAUGGCAAACUUUGUAUGAAAUAUUACAAUUGAUAUAUAUUUCAUGUCCCAUGGGUUUGUGUGUGUGUGCUAUUUUUCGCAUUGUAUGAACUGCCAUUCAUGUACCUGAUGAUUAUUUUCAAGAAAGCUCCUUCCUCUUAAACAUAGGUUUGUAAUUAGUUGUUACAGAAGUUACUAAGAUGAAAAUAUAUAAAUAUGAUAUUUAUAAGAAAAAUCCGCAAGCAUCAUUAUUAAGUACCCAGAUUUAGGAAGGGACCCAAACUUUGGUUCAUUUUCAGAUAAGUUCUCAGAUUGGCAUCAUUUUUUGUCUCGCCUGCAUAGCAGAGCGAGACUAUAGGCGCCGCUUUUCUGACGGCGGCGUCGUCAACAUUGAAAUCUUAACCAAGGUUAAGUUUUUGAAAUGUCAUCAUAACUUAGAAAGUCUAUGGACCUAGUUCAUGAAACUUGGACCUAAGUGUAAUCAAGUAUUACUGAACAUCCUUACUGAGUUUCAGGUCACAUGACCAAGGUCAAAGGUCAUUUAGGGUCAAUGAACUUAGACCAUGUUGGGGGAAUCAAUAUCAAAAUCUUAACCAAGGUUAAGUUUUUGAAAUGUUGGCAUAACUUCAAAAUUAUAUGGACCUAGUUCAUAAAACUCAGACAUAAGGGUAAUAGUGUAUCACUGAAGAUUCUGCGUGAGUUUCAGGUCACAUGAUUAAGGUCAAAGGUCACUUAGGGUCAACGAACUUUGGCUAUGUUGGGGUUAUUUUGGGAAUUGUCAUAACUUUAAAAGUUUAUGGAUCUUGGUCAUGAAGCUUGGACAUAAGAGCAACCAUGUAUCCCUGAAUAUCAUGUGCGAGUUUCAGGUCACAUGACCAAGGUCAAAGGUCACUUAGGGUCGACAAACUUUGUCCAUGUUGGGGUUAUUUGAGGAAUUGUCAUCAUAACUUCGAAAUCUUAUGAAUCUAAUUUAUGAAACUUGGACAAAAGAGCAAUCAAGUACCCUUGAACAUCCUGUGCGAGUUUCAGGUCACAUGACCAAGGUCAAAGGUCAUUUAGGGUCAACAAACUUUGGUAAUAUCGGGGGUAAUUGUGGAACUGUCAUCAUAACUUUAGAAGUUUAUGGAUCUAGUUGAAGAAACUUGGACAUAAGAGCAGCAAUGUAUCCCUGAAUACCCUGUGCCCAUUUCAGGAACAUGGCCAAGAUCAAAGGUCAUUUAAAGGUCAAUGAACUCUGGCCGUGUUGGGAGUAUGUUUUGAAUUAGCAUCAUAACUUAGAAAGUUUAUGGAUCUAGCUCAUGAAACAUUGACAUAAGGGUAAUCAAGUAUGAAUGAUUGUUUUGUGCAUGUCUUAGGUCACAUGAUCAAAGGUCAUUUUGGUUCAAAGGACAUAAUAUUUUAUUAUCAUAUCAGUGUUAUCUUCUGUGAAUAAUUAUUCAUUAGCUGUUUUCAAAGGCAGCUUUGCUGCUAUAUCGAAUUGCGUAAUGCAGGCAAGAUUGCCAGAGGCGUUCCACUUGUUUUUUUGUUAGCAUGCUGAUUAGAUGAAUAUUUGGAGAAUUCGUAGCUUCCAUUAAUAGUAAGCUAUACUAUAUAUUAUAUAGUUGUAUUUUAAUGCACGUUGUUCUCCAUACCAUAUGUAAGUUACAAAAUAGAUCAAUUAUGAAAAAGUGAUAGUUAAUAGGUAGUUGAAUUUCAAUAGGUCUUGAUCUGCCUCUGUGCUGUAGCUAACAAACAGUUGUUGGAAUGAGACUUAUGUACAUAUAAAGUACUCCUAACAUUCAUGUUAAGCCACUAUCAGUAUUGAACUGGUUUUAUGACUUCCGGUUGUAUAAUGAAACAGUGUAUAUGAAAACUGCUUUGCGAUACAUAAUGCCUAAUAGCAACUUUUUUCACACAGAGGCAAGUACUGUUCAGUUGUGAAAUACAGAGUAAUUAGCAGAUUAGCACAGUGAUAAGUGUUAACUUAUAUUUCUGUAGAACUAUAAGAAUAAAACUAUACUAUUAAGUAUAUUCAUGUGUAGGCCCCGUAAUACAGAUUAUUCACAUGAAUGAAUGAAUUUAUUUAUUAUCCAAUGCAAUGAUAUUAACCAUUUUACAAGUUUACAGCCAAUUAGUUAUGAAUACAUAGAAAAGUAAGGAUAAUAGAAACCAGAAAAUACAUAGAUUAGCUGAUAUUAAUGAAAAGAAACUACCACCGUUAUAGCAGAAAGAUGUCAGUAUUUUGAUGUUUAUAUCAUCUAAAAUUGACAUUUUAUCAGAAUAUAUUAUGUUAUUACCUGCAUUUUUUUAUUAAAGUACUAAGAGCUUUUGAAAUGAUGUACUGAUAUUAAGACUUUAAUUUAUGAGGUGCAUUGCUGCAGUGUAAUCAAUCUUAUAAAUCAAUUGUGACUAUUUAUUUCUGUCUAAUCUGAGUUCAUACUGUGACUGAAAUAUCAUCCUAAGCCAUUUAUGUAGAUUCAGUGUAGAUAUGAUGGGAGAAGCAGUAUAUGAAUUGACAAAUAUUGGAACAGCAUACAGAAUAUUAGUGUUGCUUUUCCAUGUAUCGUUGUAGUUGGUUGACUAAUAUUUUUGUAGUCAUGCAGCUUGUAAACAGCUGUAACAAUCUAUUAUGUCCAUUUAUAUCCAUAUCCAUAUCUGAGAGUGAAGAAAGGUCUUUUCUUGAAUUUCUUUUUUUUAUGAAUUACUUUAUUGUAUGCAAUGAAAAUUCAAGAGUACCUCAUUUUUAUACAGGGAUAAUUUUCCUGUAAAGGCAUGAUUGUAUUUCUACACCAAGUUUGUUUUGUUAUGUACCAGUUUCGUGUAUGCCUGCAGUUAUGCUUUGCAGCAUGCCUCUAAUAAAUAAAUAGCACUUCAUUUGAUUGGGAGUUAGAGGAGUUCUAAAUAUUAUUUUAUAUAAUGUUGAAUGGUAAUAGAUUGAAACUUUGAUGUGAUUUUAUAGACUGUAGAAUGAAGAUACCUUAUUUUUAUGUAAUAGAAGAUAUAAAAGAAAAUCAUAUGAUGGUUAUAAAGGUUUUAUUUAUUAUAUCGUGUUUGUGUGCAUGUGAUGCUUCAUAGGUCUAUUCAGAAUGCAUAAAUUUGUACCAAAUAUGGCAGAUUUUUUAAAAAGGAUUGUUUCAAUAUUUGUUGAAAAUAGUACUGCAGUGGUGUAGUCUUUGAGAUUGUCAGGUUUAGUCAAAAUCAUGUUCUUUCCCAAAUGAUGCACAGUAAUGUGAUUUCAAUAUAUUUGUUGGCAUUGUGUUUAUAUCAUCAGACAUCUCAAUGGUGUGUGAAUUAGUAGCUAUAUUGUGCUUGAAAUUUGUGUAGAGAUGUACAUAUAUGAUAUGUGCACAUUAUAGGCUAGAAAUAGCUAUG